AUGUCGGGCCGCGGUAAGACCGGCGGCAAGGCCCGCGCCAAAGCCAAGUCGCGGUCGUCGCGCGCCGGCCUGCAGUUCCCCGUGGGCCGCGUACACCGGCUGCUGCGGAAGGGCCACUACGCCGAGCGGGUCGGGGCCGGCGCGCCCGUGUACCUGGCGGCCGUGCUCGAGUACCUGACGGCCGAGAUCCUGGAGCUGGCGGGCAACGCGGCCCGCGACAACAAGAAGACGCGCAUCAUCCCGCGCCACCUGCAGCUGGCCAUCCGCAACGACGAGGAGCUCAACAAGCUGCUGGGCGGCGUGACCAUCGCGCAGGGCGGCGUGCUGCCCAACAUCCAGGCCGUGCUGCUGCCCAAGAAGACGAGCGCGGCCGUGGGCCCCAAGGCGCCGGCCGGCAAGAAGGCCACGCAGGCCUCCCAGGAGUACUGA